ACCGCCGAGCCUUGCGGAUGAUCUAAAUUUGCAGUCUCGCAGUAUUAAUGCGUCUUCGCAAUACUUCAUCACACUUGAAAGAAAUUUCUCUCCGUUCUAAAACACGGCGAGUAUCUCGCUUAUGUUUUGACGUCAUGAUCAACAUGCCGGUCAUGGCAUCUUACGGUACGUGCAUAUCCAUGAAUGAACUGCGCAAAUAAGAACAGUGGGCCAAGUAUUGAUUACAGCGGCUAACCAUCGUCAAAGUGUAUUGUCCGUAUACGUAUUUCCCAAUGUCAGAUGUUUGUGAGAAUUCGAGUUCCGUCGUGGAGGACGGAUCGCCUCCGAGAAUCGCUACUUUUUUUACGAAAAAAAUGGAUCAAGACGUUCCGAAGUUGCUGGAUCGCGAAGACGCGUUCUUCUGGCCAAAUUCUGACCCGACGGUAUGGAUGAGGUCAUGUGAACACGAAGUUAUCGAACCGAUGUCAGGGAAAAAUUUCGGCACUAUGCCCACCUGGUUGAAAGGGACUUUACUGAGGAAUGGACCGGGGAGUUUGAAAGUUGGCGAAUACAGAUUCGACCAUUUAUUCGACAGCUCAGCGCUACUGCACAGGUUUGAGAUAAAGGAUGGAAAAGUGACUUAUCAGAGACGGUUUGUCCAGACUGACGCUUACAAGAGAAAUCAUGCAGCCCAAAGGAUAGUUCUAUCUGAAUUUGGAACGAGCGUCGUACCGGAUCCGUGUAGAACAAUUUUCCAAAGAGUGGCGGCUGUUUUCAACGCCGAGGACACGAUGACUGACAAUUCGAUGAUAUCGGUCUACCCAUUCGGUGAUGAAUUUUACACCUUCACCGAGGCGCCAUUCAUCCAUCGGAUAGACCCGGAGACUUUGGAAACGAAAAGCAAGCUUUGCAUAUCCAAUUACGUGGGCGUAGUUAAUCACACUGCGCAUCCGCAUGUAAUGACCGAUGGGACCGUGUAUAACCUCGGGAUGAGCAUCACGGCACGAGGACCUGCCUACAGUGUGAUUUGCUUUCCACCAAACCGCAUCACUGUCGACAAAACGGGGAACGAGAAGAAACUGUCGAUGUUCGAUCAGGCCACCAUUGUUGCGACCGUCCACUCGAGAUGGACGUUGAAUCCGUCGUACAUGCACACGUUUGGAAUAACCGACAAUUACUUUAUAAUCAUCGAACAGCCACUGUCCGUCGCAUUGCUGACCAUGGCAGUGAGUCAGUUUACGAAUGAUCGUUUAUGCAGUUGCCUCAAGUGGUACGAAAACGAAAAGACUCUGAUACACCUGAUCUCCCGGAAAACUGGUCUGAUCGAGAGAACUUUCGUAGCGGAGCCGUUCUUCUUCCUUCACAUAAUCAAUCAGUUCGAAACCAGUGACGGAAAAUAUGUUGUUUUGGAUGUUUGCUGUUACAAAGAUGCAAAAAUGCUCGACUGCAUGUACAUCGACGUUAUGAAGGACAUGCAUUCAAACCCUGACUACGCGAAGUUGUUUCGUGGCCGACCAUUGCGUUUCAUAUUGCCAAUUGUUCCUCUAACGGCUGACGUUCCUAAGGAAUACGACUUGAUCGAAGAUCCAAUCGAGUGUAGAAAUCCGGUGAUAAUUACCGACAGAGAUAAGACGAAGGAUGAAGCAAAGGAAGAUUUGAACGAGAAGUCUGCAGUAUUUGAUGGUAUUGUUCGAAAGAAAGCCACGGCGGAACGACUUUCGAAUGGAAAAGUUUUCGUGAGCCCGGAAAUGCUUUGCGAUUUAGGCUGCGAGACACCCAGGAUAAAAUAUUCUCUCGUGGGAAAAGAGUACAGAUAUUUUUACGCCAUAUCUAGCGAUGUUGAUAUGGACAAUCCAGGAACGAUCAUCAAAGUGGAUACUGUCACGAAAACUACGAAAACUUGGUGCGAGAAUAACGUUUUUCCUAGUGAGCCGAUAUUCGUUCCAAAUCCAAACGGAAAGAAAGAAGACGAUGGUGUCAUAGUUUCGGCUCUUAUCUGGGGACAAGAUCGAGAAACUGAGGUUGGGCUGUUGGUGUUGGAUGCAGAAACGUUGGAGGAAAUAGCUCGUUCGACGUUCGAUACGCCGGGACCAGUGCCGAAAUGUUUGCACGGUUGGUUUGACUUGAAAAUAUAGAACUCAAACCGCAGAUGUUCCUUGCCACACAGUUUCUACAGUUUGGUAAUAUCGCAGAAGUUUUGUUUCUCCGGGCACCAAAUGUUCCGCAUGUUACUGCGGAAAGUCUUGUGGUUACAUAUGUUCGCAUUAUCAUCAACGAAGAUUAACAGCAGCCAGACAGAAAGCAUGAAACGAACCAAAGCACAGACCCUCAGAUUGCCAGUAACAUAUUGUACUUUAUGGUUAUGCAUAUUGAGAGGGAGAGGUGAAACUUAACACACUAAUCUCCUGACUAAGCUCGCGAGCUUUGUCAGAUUUUCAUCCAGGGUGGCCACUUCAAGCUUCAGCUGUCAAAUGCAACUUAUAGAGGUUAUGGAGGUGAUGCGAAUUUUUUUAAGCCAACCUCAAAUAGAUAAUGUAGUGAUUCGAAAAAGGCAAACUUUCAUUGUUUACCGGGUGACUGGUAAUGAUGCAUAUGUGAACAUUUUUGAAUAACGGUUAUUUUUCGAUGAAUUUUGACCAAAAUUGGUACACCACCGGUUUGGUGGUUGCUGAAUCCGAAUUUGAAAACAGAAUUGCAAAAUUCGAUAUGAGAAUUUAAAAUGGCGGCUUUAAGUACCGGUAAUUAUGACUAAGCAUCGGCACCUUUGUACCAGAAAGUCAAGCAGUGGAAUUAAUCUUUUGAAACUUGUAACUUGGGGGUUUAUGGGGUCGCUGAUGAUGAGUCCGUUAUCAGAAUAGACGAAUCGCAAAACGGAGAGUCCAAAAUGGUGACGGUAAUAUUCGAAAUCCCUACAGGUAAACCAAAUUUCGAACUUGAAUAAAACAAGAAAAAAUUCAUAAUAAAACUGCAAAUUCACCCCAACUCACCCUCAAGGGAUGGCAAAUUCAAAAAAUUCAAAAAUCUGUAAAAACUCGUAGCAGUCAACCGGUUAAGUGACUGAUGACUACUCUGAAUCAUCAUGACAACACAAUUUAAUUUUGCCACUUAACGCGGGGGAAUUAGAUACCUCAAGCCUCCUUUCGAGUAAGUUGGCUGCCCUGUCUUGCAGACGGAAAUAUUGCUGUGGUACGAUCUCGUCGACCAAUAAAGUUUAAUUGUUUGGCGCAUGCGCGGUCCGUCGUUCGGCCUAUUAAAUUUCGGUAUGCUACCUUCCGGUAUGAUUACACAUGGAUUAUUAUUUCCCGUGCGUAACUUUUACCUUCGCAUCUUCUUUCCGUACAACUGCUCGAAAGGUACUUAAAACGUAACUGCGACAUAUAGGUACAAUUUUAUGUUAAACAACAUUUUGUUAUCCAGUUGCCAGAUAAAAUACAAUCCUAUUUUAUCAAAAAUAAUUGCAUAUAUUUCUUUAGCGAUUAAAUUUGAAAACGUCUAACGUUUUCUCAUCGUUCACCAAACUGAGCACUUCUUGAAAGGAUUCAUUGGCGUCCCAACGGGACACCCGUAAACUUUGGCAAAGUCCUCGGAAUUCGACAGAGUUCCAAUAACGCGAAAUUUCCCCGGCGAAUGAACCGCCGUUUUCAAUUUGUUGCGCGUUGCUUCUGGUCUCAUGGAUCCGCACCAAACUUGCGCGAAGUUCAGGAAAAAUAGCUGCUUCCCCGUCGCGCUGAUUCCCGGCAACGUUUCGUUAACCUCCCCGUUCGCGUUCAACCAUCUCUGAUAAGCCUAAAAGUGAAUCCCCACCCGUAUUUGCGAUUCCGUUUUGUUUUCUCUAUGCUCCAUCGACUUACCCUGAAUGCUUGUUUGAUUCCUCCGUUAUCCGCGAUGUUCUCACCCUGCGUGUUUACUCCAUCAAUCUGCAUCCCCACCUCAGUCACGGUAUAGUGACUAUACUGGUCUGACAAAUGCGGACAAAGACUAUAAAUUGUAUCUAUGUUUAUUGUAUUAUCUUAAUAAUGAAUGGGCCGUACCGUCGGAUUCAAACGUUAGGAAAACAAGAGAAAUCGUUUGAAAAAUUUCCACCAGUAUUAUUUUCCCACUUGUUUUGAAUAGGAAUGAAACAACGUCUCUGGUAUGUAAUAGACAUGAUUCCGAGGGAACUCUAACAACACAAGCUAGGGUAUCAAGAAGUAAUUGAUAAAAGAUUUUAUAAUCGGAACAUUCAAAAUUAUUAAACUCUUGUGUUUAUCAAUUCGAUUCUAAUGACUUUGGAAACAUUUUUGUCUCUGACCGUAUCUCCACAAAAUGUCAACGAGGUUAUAGUGACUCGCUUUAGCCGCUACUGUGAGAAGCCGUAGCGUUUUGAAAUUAUUUUGAAAAAUUGUUAAUAAAAUUCAUGAGUCUCGGUUUCAA